AUGCAGUUGAGGCUGCCAAUUGCACGCAACCGCCGCUCCAUCGCCAGCAGUUUUGCUCGUUUCACUCCGUCGACCUCGCAGACGUCGCUCCGACAACUUCGACAGACACCGCCGCUGCAACGCCUCUCCUCUCCCGCUGCUGGUGCCGUUGGUACUCGACUCUACUCUCUUUGUCCCCCCGUCGACCCGCGCAGACACCCACUCCAUCCUUGGCCGCGCCGACCGCUCUCCGCGACUGCAGCCUCGUCGACAAUCAGAACAGAAAACGUUUUACAUUCGCGCAAGACCAAGGCGCAGCGCAGAGAGCUUGUCACAACACGUGCCGCGAGCGAAGAAUUCAGCGACGACGUCGAGCACGACCUAGACAGCGGCAUGGCGUCCAAAGAAGGAAAGGACAAGGCCAAGGGCCCGGCCGUGCAGCUGAAGACGCCCAAGGGCACGCGCGACUGGACCGGCGCCGACAUGAUUCUGCGCGACGAGAUUUUCACUACCAUCACCGACGUCUUCAAGCGCCACGGCGGCGUCCCCUUGGAUACCCCUGUCUUCGAGCUCAAGGAGGUGCUUGCUGGCAAGUAUGGCGAGGACUCGCGCCUCAUCUACGACCUGGCCGACCAGGGCGGCGAGCUGACUGCGCUGCGCUACGACCUGACCGUGCCCUUUGCCCGCUUCCUGGCCAUGAACAAGGUCCAGCAGAUCAAGCGGUAUCAGAUCGCCAAGGUCUACCGCCGCGACCAGCCGGCCGUGGCCCGCGGCCGCAUGCGCGAGUUCUACCAGUGCGACUUUGACAUUGCCGGCACCUACGACCGCAUGAUCCCCGACGCCGAGAUCCUGCGCGUCAUCUGCGAAAUCUUCGACGCCCUCCAGGAGCCCAUCGUCAUCAAGCUCAACCACCGCCAGAUCCUCGACGGCCUCUUUGCCGUGUCCGGUGUGCCCGCCGACAAGAUCCGCACCAUCAGCUCCGCCGUUGACAAGCUCGACAAGCUGCCGUGGGCCGACGUCAAGAAGGAGAUGGUGGACGAGAAGGGCCUCGAUGCGGCCGUCGCCGACCGCAUCGGCGACUACGUCAAGCACAGCGGCGACAUCCCCGCCAUUGUCGCCCUGCUCAAGGCGGACGCCGCGCUCUGCGCCAACAGCGACAUCCAGCAGGGCCUCGACGACAUGGAGCUGCUCAACGGCUUCCUCGAGGCGCUCGGCGUCCCCAGCACCAAGGUGUCCUUUGACAUGGCCCUCUGCCGCGGCCUCGACUACUACACCGGCCUCAUCUUUGAGGUCACGGCGCAGCCGAGCGCCGCCGCCGUUGAGACGGAUGCCGCACCGGCGGGUGGCACCAAGCCGCCCAAGAAAAAGGGCGGCGAGGAGAUCCAGGUGGGCAGCAUUGCCGCCGGCGGCCGCUACGACAACCUCGUCGGCAUGUACGGCAAGACGCAGAUCCCCUGCGUCGGCAUCUCGUUUGGCGUCGACCGCAUCUUCACCAUCAUGAAGGCCAAGCGCGAAAAGGCAGAGGGCCGGUCGCGCGUGCGCGAGACGGACGUCUACGUCAUGGCCUUUGGCGGCGGCAGCUUCAACGGCCUGCUCAAGGAGCGCAUGCAGGUCGCACGCCGCCUGUGGGACGCCGGCAUCAAGGCCGAGUUUGCCGCCAAGACAAAGCCGCGGCUGCCCCAGCAGUUCAAGGCCGCCGAGGACGUGCCGCUGGGCGUCAUCCUGGGCGAGGACGAGCUGGCGAAUGGCCAGGUGCGUCUCAAAGUCUUGGGGACCGGCGGUGCCGAGGCCGACGAGAAGGACCGGGGUCAGCUGGUGUCCGAAGAUGACCUGGUCGCCGAGAUCAAGAAGCUUUUGAUUUGA